AUGGCAUUCGAGCAGCAGCAGCAGCAUCUUCACCAGCACAGCAGUCCGCCGUCGCCGUCGCAGGUCGCCGACAAGCGCCCGAGAUCCGCGGCCAGCCCUGGCGAUGGCGACGGCGGCGGCGGCGGCGGCGCGGACAAGGCAGCCCCGCGGCCCAAGCGCGCGCAGGUGUCCAAGGCCUGCGCGCGCUGCAAGAAGCUCCAGAAGGGCUGCAGUGAGCACCGGCCCUGUCAGCGCUGCCUCAAGGCGGGCCUCGCCGAGCAGUGCGUCGCGCCCCAGGCGUCCAUAGAUGCCGGCUUCUGGUCCACGAGGUCCGGCGACAACUCGCCGGGCACCCUGUCCGCGACGUCCCCGCGGGGGUUCGUGGUGGUGCCACGUGAGCCUCGGCCCAGGAACUUCUUGCCACCGCCCGUCCUCGACCACUGCCUCGACCGCUUCUUCUCCAAGCUGCGGCCGACCAUCCCCAUCCUCACAGAAGACUAUGCUGUCAAGCUGCGGAGGGACGCCGACGCGCCCGACUCGGGGCCCGAGUCCUUGGCCACGGUCACGGCGAUCUGCGCCAUGGUCCUCCUGCAGGUCGAAGACGGCGAGAGCUUCUCAUUCCCCGGAAUUAUCCCGGAGAAGAACUCUAGAUACGGCCGGGCGCUCUUCGAGGAAGCCCUUGGCCUGCACCAGCAGGUGUACCGUCGCUCGACCCCAUCCUUUACGCAGUGCCUGCUGUCAUUCUUCCUCUACGCAUGCCACUCGGUCCUCUUUCACCACAGUCAGGCUUUCAUCUUUCUGAGGGAAGCAACUACCCUGCUCCUAUUAUUUCGUCCGUCGAUGGAGGAUCCAUAUGCGAGGAAGCUAUCGGAGAGGCUAUUCUGGGUUCUGCUUGUUUCGGAGCGAUCCCACGGGAUCCGAUACCGCCGGCCGGUCACCCUACAGAUCACCCCCGGAACACCAGCCAUCGAGAAGUCGGCAGACCUCGCCGGAUUUUGGAACCUGGCUGCUCUCUUUCGACCCCUAGACACGUCAUUCAUUGCCCUCUGGAACCAGGAAACAUUCUCCUGCCCGCCAACCGCUGCGUCGCUUGCGAAUAUAGAGACUGCUAUCAACGAGGCAGUCGACCACACAAGCGACCUGCUCGACACGCAAAAGGCCAACCUGAGGGUGACCCAAUUGUGGCUGCGUAUCAUUCUGUGGCAGAUACGAUUGCACCUGGGCCACCUUGCCGAGGACGCGCACCCGAUCAGCCUCACCUACCACUACCCGCUCGAGGUCGCCAAGGAUCUCGUCUUGUCGACGCAAGAUCUCUCCGUCGACAGCAUCAAGGUCCACGGCGUGGGGAUCACCGAAAAGCUCCUGGACAUCGCCUGCGCCGUGGUCGACGUCUUGGCCCGCAUCCCACUGACGGAUGCCGUCAAGCAUGGCGUCGGCGCGCGGCCCGAGGAUAACCUGCGCUAUGUCCGGCAGCUAAUCACCCAGCUGCCCGGAGGCAAGGCGACGUACGACGACUUGCUGAACAAACAUAUUCAGCAUACUCUACCCAAUCUAGUGUUGUAG